UUGGCGGAAGCGACGGGCCGGCCCGCACGUGAGCUCUGGGACUAUGGAGGGGGUAGUGGCUGCUGACGCCAAUGCCCACGCUGACACUGGAACCUCUCGCUCUCGGGGCCCUGGCUGCAGCCUCCGGCACUUUGCUUGCGAACAGAACCUGCUGUCCAGGCCGGAUGGCUCUGCUUCUUUCCUGCAAGGCGACACCUCCGUGCUGGCAGGGGUGUACGGGCCAGCCGAGGUGAAGGUCAGCAAAGAGAUCUUCAACAAAGCCACGCUCGAAGUGAUCCUGAGGCCGAAGAUCGGGCUGCCUGGGGUGGCAGAGAAGAACCGGGAGCGGAUGAUCCGGAACACGUGCGAGGCCAUCGUGCUGGGGGCGCUGCACCCGCGCACCUCCAUCACUGUGGUGCUACAGAUCGUCAGUGACGCUGGCUCCCUCCUGGCCUGCUGCCUGAAUGCUGCCUGCAUGGCAUUGGUGGACGCAGGUGUGCCCAUGCGUGCUCUCUUCUGCGGGGUCACCUGUGCCCUGGACUCUGAUGGCACCCUCGUGCUGGACCCCACAGCCAAGCAAGAGAAGGAGGCCCGCGCAGUGCUGACCUUUGCAUUGGACAGUGUGGACCGGAAGCUGUUGAUGUCUACCACCAAGGGGCUCUACUCAGAUGCUGAGCUUCAGCAGUGCCUGGCUGCAGCCCAGACUGCCUCGCUACACGUCUUCCGCUUCUACCGGGACUCGCUGCUCCGGCGCUACUCCAAGAGCUGAGGGAAACUGAGGCCGGUGCCCUCCCCCUGCCAACACCAUCCUUGCUCCGGCUGGUCACCCACCAGUGGCCCGGCCUAGACUCUGUGUCCCUGUGUACCCGGGUGAUCUUGUGGGUGUGCAGCUGUGGGGACUCCUGUAGCGGCCCCCAGGCCCAGGGGCACAGACCCCCACCCCCUGGAUCAAAUUAAAAGGAAAAACAGUCACUGUGUUGAUACUCCCUCCUUACUAACCACGUCUGUGGAACAGCCACUGCCUGCUGGCAGUGAAUGAGACCCACGUGCCACCGUCCAGGAAUCAUGGGGCCUAAAAAAGUGGUUGUCAGGUGGGACUCUGAAGGGGGAAAGGGGUGAGCUCUUAGAGGAUGUGGGGCAAGGGCCCCCAGGGGUUAAGCACCCACAAGGUGGCCAGUGGGCUGCAGUAGGAGCCAGGACAGAAGAGGAGAUGGGGGCAAGGGGGUGGGGCUGGCACCGUGUGCACACAGGGCUUCACAGACUACAGGACCUGGCACUGCUGCUUCAACCCCCACAUACCCUGUGACAUGGCAGCAGCUGCCAUUGCAGUCCCUGGUUACUUUAGGCAACAGAGAGAUCUUCCACCUGCAGGUUCACUCCUCAAAUGCCUACAAGAUCUGUGCCUGGGCCAGGCCAAAGCUGGGAGCCGAGAACUCAAUCCGGGCCUCCAUGUGGGUAGCAGGAAGUACUGGAGCUAUCACCACUGCCUCUCAGCUCUGCAUGAGCAGGAAAUGAAUGGGGAAUGGAGCUGGAACCCAGGCACUCAUGUGGAAUGUGGGCGUCCUAAGAGAAGAGACAGAGAUCUGCUGUCCCCUGGUUCAGUCCCCAAAUGCCAGCAACAGACAGGUCUGGGCCAGGCCAAAGCCAAGGGCCAGGAGCUCCAUCCAGGUGUCCCCGAUGGGUGGCAGAGGCACGCUACUCGGGCCAUCUUCCUCUGCCUUCUCCGGCACAUUAGCAGGGAUCUAGAUUGGAAGUGGAGCAGCCAGGGCUCAAACCAGCACUCCCAAACGAGAUGCUGGCAUUGCACGUGGUGGCUUAACCUCUGCCGCAACACAGGCCCCGUAAGUGGCGUCUUAACUACCGCCAAAUGCCUGUCCCCUGUCCUGUUUUAGACGAGGAACAAGCAGAGAAGUCAGUCAGCUGCUGUGGUCACCAGCUGCCUGCAGAGGGAUGGGGCAGGCCCCACAGCCCCAGCUGCGCAGCUGAUACCCAGGCAAACACCGGCACCCUGGACUCUGGUGCAUCACCUGUCAGGGAGGAACUGUGGCCCCUUGGGACUCGGGUGGAGGCACCCCAAGAGGCACUGAGAAAUGCAGGGAGCAUUUCAAUUUGCAACUGGACGGCUGCCUCUAUCCACUAGAACACUCAGCAGGUAUGAGCCCCGCACACGUGAGCUUUCUGCAGAGCCCCUCCCCCACAGCUGGGCCAGGCGCCUGCCGCAUCAUCCAGGCCCUCCCUGUGGGCCUCAGGGGCUUGCACCACCCCACAGUCCCCAUGAUGGCUCCCUGAGCAGGAAAUGAGUAUCUUGCCAGUCACUCCCUUAGAUGCUCAGGUAACACUAAGCCAGGAGUCGUCUCCUUCUUGGGACACCCAUAUCCCAUAUCGUAGCACCUGGACUUGGGCUCCUGCCACCCCUGUGGGAGACCCAGAUAGAGUUCCUGGUCCCUAUCUUUGGCCUGAGUCCAGCCCUGGCUGUUGCAGACAUUUGACAAUGAAACAAUUAAUAUAAAGAUCUCUGCCUCUCUUUUUCUUCUUCUUUUUUUUUUUUUUUUUUUUUUUUUUUUUAACAGGCAGAGUGGAUAGUGAGAGAGAGAGACAGAGAGAAAGGUCUUCCUUUUUGCCGUUGGUUCACCCUCCAAUGGCAGCCGCGGCCCGCGCAUCGCAAUGAUCCGAAGUUGGGAGCCAGGUGCUUCUCCUGGUCUCCUAUGCGGGUGCAGGGCCAAAGGAGUUGGGCCAUAGCAGAGAGCUGGCCUGGAAGAGGGGCAACCGGGACAGAAUCUGGCGCCCCGACCGGGACUAGAACCCGUUGUGCCGGCGCUGCAGGCAGAGGAUUAGCCUAUUGAGCCGCGGCGCUGGCCAUUUCUCUGCCUUUCACAUAGGUAAUACAACUUUUUCUAGAAAAGAUAGAUUUUGGGGCAAAUUUUUUUAAAGAUAUAUUUAUUUAUUGAAAGGGAGAAUUAACAGAGAGAUCUUCCAUCCACUGGUUCACUCACUAGAUGGCCACAACAGCCAGCACUGAGCCAGGUGAAAGCCAAGAACCAGGAGCUUCUUCCAGGUCUGCCACCCACGUGGGUGGCAGAGGCUCAAAUACCUGGGCCAUCUCUGGCUGUUUUACCCAGGCCAUGAGCAGGGAGCUGGAUUCCAAGUGGAACAGCCAGGACACAAACUGGAACUGAUACGGGAUGCCAGCAUUACAGGUGGCAGUUUUACCACAGCCAUGGUGGCAGCCCCAAUGGGAAAAAAUUUAAAAUCCACAAGUACAAGCAGUCUUCAGACAGCUCAUGCAAAUUGCUUGUUAAGAAAAAUUGGGGGCCCGCACUGUGGCAAAGUGGAUAAAACUGCUGCCUGUGGUGCCAGCAUCCCAUAUGGGUGCCAGUUCGAGAACCGGCUGUUCCACUUCUGAUCCAGCUCUCUUCUGUGGCCUGGGAAAGCAGUGGAAGAUGGCCCAAGUCCUUGUGCCCCUGUACCUGCAUGGGAGACCCGGAAGAAGCUCCUGGCUUCGAAUCAGUGCAGCUCCGGCUGUUGCGGCCAAUUGAGGAGUGAACCAGUGGGGUGGAAGAUCUCUCUGUGGAACUUUGACUUUCAAAUAAAUAAAUGUUUUUAAAAAAGGAAAAUCUGUGGAGCCAGUGUUGUGGCAUGGUGCGUUAAGCCACUGCCUGUGAUGCCGGCAUCCCAUAUGGGCACUGGUCAAGAGCCGGCUGCUCCAUUUCCAAUCCAGCUUGCUGCUGCUGAGUCUGGGAAAGCAGCCUAGGAUGGCCCAAGUGCUUGGACCUCUGCACCCACAUGGGAGAUCCAGAAGAGGCUCCAGGUUCAUGGCUUUGGCAUGGCUCAGCCUUGGCCGUUGCAGCCAUUUAGGAAGUAAACCAGCAGAUGAAAGCUCUCUCUUGCUUGCUCUGUUUCUCCCUCUCUCUGUAACUGCCUUUCAAAUAAAUUUUUUAAAAAAAUCUUAAAAAUUG